UUGUAAUUCAGCCUAUUAUUUUGAACAGGCUGAUUUGACUCGGCGGAUGGUUUAGCUCUACAUCGGUGCUACAAAACAGAAUCCCCUGAGCGGUUCUGGUGUCUGGUGGUGAAUCAACCUGAGAUCAACGUUAUAAAUGACAACUUUCUUUUAAGUUGAACAUGAAUGGUGCGGCUCAGAGGAGAAGACGGUCGAGUUCCAAUCCAUGUUCCAGACGUAGCAGUAAGAGAAGCAGGAUACAGAUGUCUCAGCAGCCGGUGGAAACCAUCGAUAUGGUAGAAAGCGACAGAUUAAGCACUGAAGAUGUGGUGGACCUAACCUGUGAAGCAGCGGAUUCGGCGGUGGUUGAUCUUACCAACAAUGAUUCGGUUGUGCUUGUGGACGAUGGUACACAGAGCAGACGCGUUCAGGGCACGGAGAGUUACGUGGUGAGCAGUGACGACGAUGAGCCAAGUCAGAGUCUCGAUCCGGUUCUGCCGUCGUCUCUACGCGCCAGUAGUACAAACGCCAGUUACAGGUCCACACCCGGUGCGGUGAGCUGCCCUGUCUGCAUGGAUGUUUACACAGAGAUCAUCGAGAGUGGACGGCUCAUGGUGUCCACCAAGUGCGGCCACCUGUUCUGCAGCCAGUGCAUCCGCGACUCCCUCGCCCUCACGCACAGCUGCCCCACGUGCAGAAAGAAACUCACCCAUAAACAGUAUCACCCCAUUUACAUCUGACCCGCCCAGAGAGGGGACACCUCGCCUGACCCGCACACAUCCAUCACCAGUACGUUCGUCUCUGCCAAACGACUUCCUACAGCGCCGGUAACGUCAGCCGGAUGGCGGGUUCAUGCGCCAGUGGAUUAGAUGAUGUACCAAAUCCAUCCGGAUCCUUAACGAAGGAUUUUCCACCGUCUGUACUCGCUCAUGAAAGUGUUUAUAUGAAGGUUUCGAGGAGGAAAGGUGCUGCAGUCCGGCUCCGCUUUGAUCCCGUCGUGUCCCGAGACGGACACGCAGCUCAGCCUUCUGUUUUUCAGACGUGAAAUUGCAAUUCUUAUUUACCGUGGAAGCAGUUUGGUUUGUUAUUCCUGCAUUUAUUCAUUGUAAAUAUGUGUAUGUAUUAUUUUACAAAGAUCUAGUAACUUAAAAAAUGUUGAAUGGUGCAAGUUUCAAUAAAAAAACUGAAUGAAAA